AUGGCCAACACCACAGGGCCGAACACCUCAGAAGUCGCGGGCUCGGUGGGGUUGAUCCUGGCGGCCAUCGUGGAGGCAGCAGCACUGCUGGGCAACGGCGCGCUGCUGGUCGUGGUGCUGCGCACGCCGGGACUGCGCGACGCGCUCUACCUGGUGCACCUGUGCGUCGUGGACCUGCUGGCGGCCGCCUCCAUCAUGCCGCUGGGCCUGCUGGCCGCGCCGCCGCCGGGCCUGGGCCGCGUGCGCCUGGGCCCCGCACCGUGCCGCGCGGCGCGCUUCCUCUCGGCGGCGCUGCUGCCCGCCUGCACGCUCGGGGUGGCCGCGCUCGGCCUGGCGCGCUACCGCCUCAUAGUGCACCCGCUGCGGCCCGGCGCGCGGCCUCCGCCCGGACUGGUGCUCACGGCCGUGUGGGCCGCCGCGGGGCUGCUGGGCGCGCUCUCCCUGCUCGGGCCGCCGCCCGCGCCGCCCCCUGCCCCGGCGCGCUGCUCCGUCCUGGCCGGCGGCCUCGGGCCCUUCCGGCCGCUCUGGGCGCUGCUGGCCUUCGCGCUGCCCGCCCUCCUGCUGCUCGGCGCCUACAGCGGCAUCUUCCUCGUGGCGCGCCGCGCGGCCCUGCGGCCCCCGCGGCCCGCGCGCGGCUCCCGGCCGCGCUCCGACUCUCUGGACAGCCGCCUCUCCAUCUUGCCGCCCCUCCGGCCUCGCCUGCCUGGGGGCAAAGCAGCCCUGGCCCCAGCGCUGGCCGUGGGCCAGUUUGCCGCCUGCUGGCUGCCUUACGGUUGUGCGUGCCUGGCGCCCGCCGCGCAGGCUGCCCUGGCCGAGGCGCCGGUCACCUGGGUGGCCUACUCGGCCUUCGCGGCUCACCCCUUCCUGUAUGGCCUGCUGCAGCGCCCCGUGCGCCGGGCACUGGGUCGCCUCGCCCGCCAGGCGCUGCCCCGGCCCCCGAGGGCGUGCACUCCACGGGCCUGGCACCUGCCCGCACUUCUGCAGCACCUCCAGGGACGUUCAGAGAGCCCUGCCCUAGGCCCUUCUGAGGCACCAGAACAAGCCCCAGAUUUGCCAAGAAGGCAGAGCCUGAGUAUGCCAGGGGCCACCUGA